CCACUUUAUAUUCUCAUUUCUCAAUAACCACCUUCUUCCCCGCCAAUAAUAUAAUAAACAUAAAAGUAACAACGCAACAACAAUUCCCGAAACCCGCUUUCCACUUUCGGGUCGACCCGUUUUCCCUACGCUCUUUCCUCCCCAGACGCCUUGCUUUGAACGUUUCCCAAGUCAAAUUCUGUCGCUUUCAACAUACUAUAAUAUUCAUAAUUACAUUUCCCCCAAUUUCGUUGUUUAUACAGACCAAACUCUUUUCAAUUUUGGUAUCCGUUUCACAGUUGACUCAUCAUUUAUGAGAGUACCCAGGUGAAGAUUUAAGGAUGAAAAUGAGUGGUGGAAGUGAUAUAGAAGAUGAUUUUUUCGACGCACGCGAGAUGUUUGCUGUAUUGUCCGACUCAGAUACUGAACGUUCGUCUGAUGAAUGUUCAACUUCUGCUUCUGGGUUGAAGUACGAUGAUUGGAUGGGUAAUUUCGACAGUGUAAAUGAACGGCGUAACAGGUUUAUUAGAUCCGUUGGUUUGAGUUCCAAAUGGGUUGUUAAAGACGAAGAAAUCGAACCCGAAAAGGAUGGUUUUCGUGGCGGGUUUGAUGAAGCAAAAGAGGCGAAACCCGAGUUUGUUGAACAAAGUUUGGAAGUUGAUGAUGCGUGUUUGAUCAGGCAGCCUUCGUUGUCGUGUUGGUCGAAUUUGCCUAUCGAAUUAGCACCGUCGGGUUCGGUUAAAGAGAAGAUGAAGAUAGAUGAUCAUCAAGAUGAAUUGGAUGAAGAUGCAUCAAUGAAACAGUCGUUUGACUUUCGGUCAACGUCUCAACGAUCAUUAAAAGAUGGUGAAAAUUUUCCAAAUAGUUGUUUGUUAGAUAGAAGAAAAAAGGGUAAAAAGGGUUGGUUACAAAAACUAAACGUUAUGGCUCAUUUGAUUGAUCAUCAAGAACCAACCGCAACGAUUUCGGAUGGUGUUACGUGUAACCGGGAGAUUCUCGUGCAGACCCACAAAAAGAAAUCGAAAGAGUUAUCGUCGGUUUACGCCACACAAGAGUUUCCAGCGCAUACCGGGUCUAUUUCAGCCCUUAAGUUUAGUCACGAUGGUAGAUACUUGGCGAGUGCGGGGCUUGAUGGUGUUGUGCGUGUUUGGGCGGUUCAUGAACAGGAGGAUACGAAAGAAUAUGACAUUGUGGGAAACGAUUCGUCGGUUUACUUUUCAACGAAUCAUCUCUCUGAAUUGGCCCCUAUCAAAGUGGAUAAAGAGAAGCAUCGAAAGAUCAAGAAAUCAUCGGAACUGACUUGCGUUAUUCUGCCGCCGAAAGUGUUUAGAAUCUUGGAGAAACCGAUACACGAGUUCCAUGGUCACACCGGCGAAAUCUUGGCCCUUUCGUGGUCGAAAAAAGGGUAUCUUCUGUCAUCAUCGGUUGAUAAAACGGUUCGGUUAUGGCAAAUCGGACACGGUGAAUGCCUCAAAGUGUUUAUGCAUAACAAUUUCGUGACAUGUGUGGAAUUUAAUCCUAUGGAUGAAAACCAUUUCAUCAGCGGAUCGAUUGAUGGGAAGGUACGAAUCUGGGAGAUCAACGGCUGUAAAGUUACGGAUUGGACUGAGAGCCGAGAGAUCGUGACUGCUGUUUGCUAUUACCCAAACGGGAAGGGGUGCAUUGUGGGAACAUUAGAUGGAAACUGCAGUUUCUACGACAUCAUAGAUGAACGGCUGCAGAUCGACACACACACGAGUGUAAUGAGCCGAAAGAAAUGGCCAAGACGAAUCACCGGAUUCCAGUUCUGCCCAACCGACUCGAGGAAGGUUAUAGUUUCAUCCGCGGACUCACAAGUCCGCGUUCUUUGCGGAAUCAACGUUGUCGGGAAAUUCAAAGGUAACCGGCAUUCAGGAAGCCAAAUGUCCGCAUCCUUCACCGCAGACGGGAAACACAUCGUGUCCGCAGGUGACGACUCGAACAUCUACAUGUGGAACCACAUUAGCUCGGAUAAACUUGUCACAAAGGCCAAAAGUAACUUAUCUAAUGAAAGUUUCUUCUCUGAAAACGCCACGGUGGCGGUCCCAUGGUGCGGCAUCAAAAGCAUAGCCGCGGCUUUUCCAUCACCGAGACCGACCACUGGCCACGACAACAUUCCGAGAAGCACGAUAAACUCGCCUAGAAAACCGUCUUUAUCCCCGAGCCGCAGCUUUUUCUUAGAGUCCAUGCUAAAGAGUCCAACCUUUCCCGCGGAAAGGCUUCCGGAUCCGACUCAAGUUAGCGUUUCGCCUUCGAUGCGCAAGUCCGAGUACAAGUUUCUGAGGAGUGCAUAUCGUAGCACGUUUGUUGCGCCGCACACGUGGGGUUUGGUGAUCGUGACCGCGGGCUCGGAUGGUCGAAUUCGGACGUUUCUCAAUUACGGGUUACCGGUCCGCCUAUGAUUUAAGUUUAACUAGAUUGUGUAGUGUAUUAUUGGACAUAAAAACAUUUAUGGUACAUAAAUUAUAUACAAGAUUGGUGUAAAUCUGUAGUUUUGUUGUAUCAUGUAAUAUUAAGACUCGAAUGCACCAUCAAAACUGCUGGGUUUCUCUUGUGUUGUUUUUUUGUAAAUCUUCUCAAUUUUCAUGCAA